CAUAACACCAUUUUAUAUACAAAUGAGGAUUUAACAAUAUUGUUAUUGAUAUGCUAUUGCCCAGGAUGCUCGUACACCCUUUUAUUUCUGUCUAUUAAGAAUUCUGUGUGACGGAUAAUUUUGCCCCAUCACAAAGUCCCCAAAUCCAUGCUCUUAUACCAGUGCAGAUAUGAUGCCAUCAUGGUCUGACUCCACCUUCGAACUAUAAGUAUAAAGAAGGUAGAAUCUGUUUCUCUGCCUCUCGUUCCCUCCCUUCUCAGCUCCGGCCAGUGUCGGGAGCCGGAGAGAUCUAAUAUCGCGUUUGGACACAGAGGACCUCAGUGUGCAGAGCUCCAGAGAGACGAUGGCUUCAGCCGGCCUGGAAAUCCUGGGCAUGAUUCUGUCUGUGGCAGGCUGGUUGGGCGCAAUGGUGGCCUGCUGCCUGCCCAUGUGGCGCGUGGCGGCGUACGUUGGUCAGAACAUCGUGAUCACACAGGUGGUGUGGGAGGGCCUGUGGAUGAGCUGUGUGGUACAGAGCACAGGCCAGAUGCAUUGCCAGAUCUACGAUUCCAUGUUAGCGUUGCCCAAUGACCUGCAAGCGGCACGAGCUCUGGUUGUCAUCGCUGUCUUCUUUGGCGUGGUGGGCAUGACUCUGGCCGUAGCAGGUGCCAAAUGCACCAACUGUACAUCGGAUGUGUCCAGCAAGCCUCGCAUCAUGCUGGGUGCUGGUGUGGCGUUCUGCAGCUCCGGGCUCUUAUUGCUUGUGGCUGUGUGCUGGUCAGCUUACACCAUUGUCCUGGACUUCCAUGACCCAAUGCUACAAGACACGCAGAAGAGAGAGUUCGGGAACUCAUUGUAUUUCGGCUGGGGUGCCUGCUGCCUGCUCAUCCUAGGGGGAGCCAUACUUUCCUGUUCGUGUACUUCCAGAGCACCCAAGGAUCCUGCGUCUCAAAGAGCACACUACUCAUCGGUGAAAUCAGUGGCUUCUAAUGGAUACUGCAGAAGGGACUAUGUUUGAGUGGUGUAGGUUGGUGAACGAGCGUUUGUCUAGUGACAAUUAAACCUGAAUUUAACUCACCAGGACAAACACCAGAGAGAUUGGCUGCUAUAGGAUUGAACUAUGGCAUUCACUUAAUUCAGUCAACAACAGUAGGCUAAUGAUUUGUUCUUCCACCUGUAGAUUUGAAAUAGAUCUUUUACUGUAUAAUAAACUUCGUGUUACAGCCAGAUUUUGAGACACGAUGAGAUCUCUUUCCAACUGAACAAUGCUGACUAAAAAUUUUCCAACAUGUCUAAAUAUCUUGCGAUUUAUUUGUAUUUCGUUAAAUUUCAGGCCGAAAUUUUCCGAGUUUACGUGGUUACGGCAGACGUACGCUGCGAGGCUUAGUAAUGAAACAUUUUCUGAAGGUAAUAAAGUUCUUAUCUCAAGUCAGUCAGCACAAAAAGGUUUCGUGCGACAUUUCACUUUUCCACUUCUACUUCUAAAUGGAUGAACAUUCCCAGAAACCCGAGACUUUGCGAAGGUAAGCUGGAUGAGCUGAAAUAAGAAAUUCUUAGCCCAAAGUGCUCUAUAUCAUUUGAAAUCUAACCAGCUCUUCA